AAUGAAAGUACCGAGAAACAUGAGAUUUCUUUCUGGAGGGGUGGGAACAUGCUGAACUGGGGAGGAGUGGAGAAGGGCAGCUUUUAGCUUGUGGUUUGGUUUAUAGUGAGAUCCGAGAGAUAGCGCAGAGGUGGGAGGGGAAGGUGAAAGGGGAUCUGAUGCCUGCUGCCAAUAUGACAGAGACCCUCCAGCUCCCGGCAUUGCAGGUCCCAGAGCAACAGGUGCCAGAGUGCAGCCGGGCCUGGUCCAGUUCGUCCACCCCCACCCUGCGCAGGAGGCGCUUCAAGAUGAGACGGAUGAAGAACGUGCAAGAGCAGAGCCUGGAGGCCGGCGGGUACCAGGACUCUCCUUCCCCCAACAAAGAGUUCCUGCAACUCCCAUCCAUAGAAAUCACCCCAUCCAGUGACGAGGACACCCCAUGGUCAAACUGCUCUACACCCAGCGCCUCCCCACGGCGCAAGCGCGUCCUGCUGCGGAAGUGGCUGCGCGUGAGAGAGAAGAAGGAAUACAGUGAAAGCAGCAGCCAGCAGAGUAGCCAGCAAAGCAGCCAUGAUGACGAUUCGUCCCGAUUCCUGAGUCCCCGAAUGCGUGACGAAAGCACUGCCAGUAACUCGAACCGCAGCACGCCUGCCUGCUCCCCCAUCCUGCGCAAACGUUCCCGGUCUCCAACCCCACAGGACUCCCAAGGAGACGCCAUGGUGGAGAAAGGCUCAGACCACUCUUCAGACAAAUCCCCUUCCACUCCGGAGCAGUGUGUGCAGCGCAGCUAUUCUGCUCAGUCGGGCCGCAGUGGGGCCAAGAACUCCAAGAAAAGCCAGAGUUGGUAUAAUCAUGAGAGACAGCACAUCCGGAGAGUGUUGAGUCCGACGUAUAAACAGCGUAACGAAGACUUCAGGAAACUCUUCAAACAGCUUCCCGACACCGAGCGCCUCAUAGUCGAUUACUCAUGUGCGCUUCAAAGAGACAUUCUCCUGCAGGGCCGCCUCUACCUCUCCGAAAACUGGAUCUGCUUCUACAGCAACAUCUUCCGCUGGGAAACACUGCUGACAGUCCGUUUGAAGGAUAUCUGCUCCAUGACCAAGGAAAAAACUGCACGGCUCAUUCCUAACGCCAUCCAAGUUUGCACUGACACUGAAAAGCACUUUUUCACUUCCUUCGGUGCUCGAGAUAGGACGUACAUGAUGAUGUUCAGACUCUGGCAGAAUGCUCUCCUCGAAAAGCCCCUGUGUCCAAAGGAGCUCUGGCACUUCGUCCACCAAUGUUACGGGAAUGAACUGGGGCUGACGAGCGAUGAUGAAGACUACGUGCCUCCUGAUGAUGAUUACAACACUAUGGGCUACUGCGAGGAGAUCCCUGUAGAAGAAAAUGAAGUGAAUGACAGCUCCUCCAAGAGCAGCAUGGAGGCCAAACCUGAAGCUAGUCCUCUGCUGCCCAAGAAGUCCAUCACCGCCAGCACGUUGACGUCCACAGGGAGCAGUGAAGCGCCAACUUCAUUUGACGGGAUGCUUCUGGAGGAGGAGGAUUUGAUGGAGAGUCCCCUUGAGAAGGAACUCACCCUUGAAAACAUCAUUGGAGACAAGAUCGAGAUCAUCGCCCCAGUGAACUCCCCUUCCCUGGACUUCAACGACAACGAGGACAUUCCAACGGAGCUCAGCGACUCGUCGGAGACCCAUGAUGAAGGGGAAGUUCAGGCCUUUUACGAGGAUCUGAAUGGCCGGCAGUACAUGAAUGAGGUGUUCAGUUUCAGCGUGGACAAACUGUAUGACCUGCUUUUCACUGACUCCCAGUUCCAGAGGGAUUUCAUGGAACAGCGUCGGUUCUCCGAGAUUAUCUUUCAUCCAUGGAAGAAGGAAGAAAAUGGCAAUCAGAGCAGAGCAAUCCUGUACACGAUCACCCUCACCAACCCUCUCGCCCCGAAAACUGCUACUGUCACUGAGACUCAGACAAUGUACAAAGCCAGCCAAGAAAGCGAGUGCUACGUGAUAGACGCAGAGGUGCUAACUCACGACGUCCCCUACCAUGAUUAUUUCUACACCAUUAACCGCUACACGUUGACUCGUGUCGCCAGAAACAAAAGCCGACUCAGGGUUUCUACAGAGCUACGUUACAGGAAGCAGCCGUGGGGGCUUGUGAAAUCCUUCAUCGAGAAAAACUUCUGGAGUGGCCUAGAAGAUUAUUUCCGUCAUUUAGAGAGCGAACUGACCAAAACCGAGAGCAUGUACCUAGCGGAGAUCCACAGACAAUCCCCCAAAGAGAAGAUGAGCAAGCAAUCCACAUUGCGCCGAAGGAAACGGCCCCACGCCCACCUGCGGGUGCCACACCUGGAGGAGGUGCUGAGUCCUGUCACCACCCCCACAGAUGAGGAGGUUGUGCAUCGCAUCAAGCACGUGGCAGGUUCCACGCAGACGCGGCAUGUCCCUGAGGACAGUCCCAGUGGCUUCCAUCUGCAGAGCGUCUCCAAGCUGCUGGUCGUUAUCAGCUGUGUGAUUUGUUUCAGUCUGGUGCUGUUGGUAAUUCUCAAUAUGAUGCUGUUCUACAAACUUUGGAUGUUGGAAUACACCACCCAGACCCUCACCGCAUGGCAGGGCCUGCGGCUACCGGAAAGGUUACCCCAGUCUCAGUCGGAAUGGGCUCAGUUGCUAGAAUCCCAGCAGAAGUAUCAUGACACAGAGCUGCAGAAGUGGCGUGAGAUCAUCAAAUCCUCCGUGAUGCUUCUAGACCAGAUGAAGGAUUCACUAGUAAACCUGCAGAAUGGUAUCGGGUCGCGCGACUACGGGUCGGAACCAGAGGAGAAACGGAAGCGUUUCCACUAA